AUGGAUUGGAAGCGUUGCAUCAUUUGUCAGAAAUCCACAGGAGAGAGCUUGCAGUGCCUUACAAAUUCUAAAAGGAAAAAUGCUGGCACUGGUUACGUUUCAUUUGUUCAUAAUGUAGAGGAAUUCCAGAGGCUUGGAAUAAAAGCGACUGACUGUGAGCCGCCAAUAGAUGAACAAACACUACUGCAGAACAAAGUCUGCUGGCAUAAAUCUUGUAGAGAUCGUUUUAAUAACACUAAGCUACAGCGUGAAAAGAAAAGAAGACUUGAUGAAGAUUCAGAAGUGGAAAGACACGAGGUAGAAGAAACCAUUUCAUCGAGUCCGGUUAAAGCGAGACGAUCUAGUGUAGGACGUUACAACUCCCAGACACUAUGUUUUUUCUGUGACGAUUAUGAUAGUUCCAGUAAUCUUCAAGUCUGAGACUGUGCCGUUCUUCUGAAUGACAGAAAACGCAUUGCUUAGCUGUCGGCUGGUGACUUAAUUGCCAUGGAGGCAAAAUACCAUGUCAAGUGCUUCGUUGGACUUUACAAUAGUGCCAGGCCUUUCAAACAACACGAUUCAAAACCUGCCGAUGAUACGCUAAUGGAUGUUGAGGAGCUUGCAUUUGCAGAGCUUAUUGUUUAUAUUGAUGAAUGUCUAGAAGUUGAAGAGCCUGCAAUACUAUUGCUUUCAGAUUUAGUGAGAUAUUAUACCUCCAAACUACAAGAGCUAGAUGUUGAGUAUGGCAAAGUUAACGCAACAUGGCUUAAGAAGAGAGUGCUAGCACCAUUUCCCGACCUUACGGCGCAUGUAGAGGGCAGGGAAAUUCAACUGGUGCUGCAACAUGAAAUCGGCGGGAUGCCGUCAAAGGUUAAAAAGAUGGAUUCAGAUGCAGUUUAUCUGGCUAGAGCAGCAAAUAUUGUAAGGAGAGAGAUCCUGAAAAUAAAAAACUCCUUCAACGGCACAUUUGUACUAGAAUGUCAGGAGAAUGCUGUUCCUGUCUCCUUGGUAUAA